AUGGAUCAAACGGUGAUCGUCCCGUCGACGCCUCGGGGAAGCGCGAUGAAGAACGAGACGGAGUCGAAUCUGCAUCUUCAAGAUCAGUCAGCCACCUCCGUUUCCCAUUCCAACUCCGUGGUACCCCGCGCCAAUUUAACCAUGGCGAACGCCCUGUCCCAGGACCAGGGCCUAGACUCGUUGAUGUGCAGCCAAACGAGCGGCGAGCUGCCGAGGAAGCCUGGGGCGCGUCGCCAGGAGAAGCCGCCCUACUCCUACAUAGCCCUGAUCGUGAUGGCGAUCCAGUCGAGCCGCGAGAAGAGGUUGACCCUGUCAGAGAUCUACUCAUUUCUCCAACAACAUUUCCCCUUCUUCCGUGGCGCUUACCAAGGCUGGAAGAACUCGGUCCGUCACAACCUCAGCUUGAACGAGUGUUUCAUCAAGCUUCCAAAGGGGUUGGGCAGGCCGGGCAAAGGCCAUUAUUGGACGAUCGACCCCUCGACGGAGUACAUGUUCGAGGAAGGGAGCUUUCGUCGGCGGCCACGGGGCUUCCGUCGCAAGUGCCAGGCCCUGAAGCCUCAGUAUCCCCAAUACUUUUCCGGGAGCGGGCCUGUCAGCGUGCAAACGGCCGGAUACGAGAAUUUGGGAGCAGGCGCGAUGGAGUACGCGAACGGUUAUCAGAAUCAGUAUCAAAAUUAUCAGGAGUACGCGAUGUACGCGGGGCCUGGGGCCGCGGAUUGGCCGUAUCCAGAGCCGGCUUACAAGACGCCACCCAUAGCUGAGGUGACUUACAAGACGACCGAGGUGACGUACAAGACCGGGGAAUCGUCGGUGUACAGGAACGGGGAAAUAGUGGCGUUCAAGAGCGAGCCUGGUUACGUGGCUAGGAGUCAGGAACAAUUGACUUACAGGGCAGCGGAUGGUUUCUCCGUGAAGGAUCAUCAGCAGCAUCAUCCGGACCCGGUUUACAAGGAGAACGAGGCCAUGAUGUCGUACAAGUGCCCGGCGUCCAAUCCAGCCCCGACCACCCAACCACCUGGCCAAGAUUAUUACGUCGGUUACGGUCUUGCCGGGGUCAAUAAUACCGGAAACAACGUGAACGUUGGUAUGCAGGGGAUGCCUGAACAGGGUACAGGGAACAGUAGCCCUGUGGGGGGGAAUCCUGUGAAUUCGCCGCAUAGCGGCUGCCAGACACCUGUGACGGAUAAUAGUAUAAAGAUGCAAUGCUCGAACUCGAAUUCGAACAGUUCGGGAGGUGGGCUGAUCGAUCGUAAACCAUCCUACUUUGGCCAUCCAGCCGGAUCGGUUACCUUGAGCUCGUUGAGCUCCCUAAGUUCGCUCAAUUUGAGCAACAUCGGCGGAUUGAGCAGUGGAUUGAGUAUAUCGAAUAUACCCGGCGCAGUCUCGUCGAAUAUUCAUCACGCGACGACCACGCCCUCAACGACAAUGUACUACGAUCCGAUCAAAUACAAUAUGUCGAACGUGUGAUCUGGAACAAAGGAAGA